GCUUCAAAUACCCACUGUUACUCCAAGGACGAGCUUUCUUGGCGGGCUGGCUCCACUCAGGAGCACAGGAACGGGGUGUAUAUAAAACACAUCCCCGCUGUUAACCCACCCUAAAACAAGUUCUGGAUUUCUCUGUGAUUGAAUCGGAAGAUGCUCUUCCAAGCAAGAUUUUGGCUGUUGCUGAUUGUGGCGACUGGAUCAUGUGCCAGUGUAGAACACACAGAGCAGGAUAACAGCUCAAAGGUCACCCAACUAUCAGGAUGGAAUGGAGAUGAGCAGGAAGUUGCAGAUAUGGUACGCAUACCCCGCAGUGCCAGCGAACGGCUGAUUGGUCCGUCUGCCCAUUCAACACAUUCCAUUGAAAACAUGCCAUGUGAUGAAGAGCAACAAGCUCACAGUCGUGCCAUGGAUGACUUCCUGUCAGCCCUGAAGAGGGAAAGUGAACUGGAGAGGAUGGAUUACCAGCAGUUUGGAAUAUGUUCAUCUGGAACUUCAGGUUUGCAGAUUUCACACCUAGUACCGAGUUUGGACCAAAAACGAAGUGUCCUCAAGGGUGUACAUGCCAGAGAAGUAGAUAUUUGGGAUGCCGAGAAGGAAGGAGAGAUGACUUUAACCCUCACAUUCCCAAGGCAUGCUCAGCCGAGCAGCCCAGCCUCUGUGACGCUCUUGUUCAGUGUCGGAUCCAUUAAAGGAGAUGGUUUGAGAGUGAAAUUCAACAGUCAUUCCAUCCAUCCAAAUACACAGAUGGUUUGCAUUUCUGAAGCUACACGUUUCCUGGUCCUUAAAGCAGGACAAAGUCAUGCCCACGCUCACCUUAAGCUAAGUGUAACAAUUGAGACCUGGAAAGAUGAAAACCAGCCAAAACCCAGUGUGUCUGAGCUUCGGGACGUGUUGAUGAGAAAGGUAGAUGGCAGCAAUAUGUCAAUGAAGCCGGUUUUAGUUUUCCUCUCUGACCGUGAUGAGCAAAGGACACCACACUUACAAUUUCAAGGAAAUCCACUGGAUGAGAAACUCCCAUCCAGAACUUAUCUUUUCCUCUGCGAGCUGCAGAAGUUCUUGAGUGACGUCCUUCCUCAGAAAGAGGGGCCGACAUCUCAGGAAGGUGCAAAAAUCGUCUCUUUGGAAGCGUUGCAUUCCCUUCCACCUCUCAGCCUCGGAGCAUCAUCCACAGAGUCCCUGCUAUCAGGACUGGUGAAUUCCUCAACGCCGACUGUAUUUGUAUUCCCUGAGAGGCAGCAAGGCCUGCAGACUCACAGGGUGGAGGUGACACUAGAGUCUCCUCUGCUGUCUGUGCUCCAAAUGAGACUGGAUGAAGCCAUGGCUCAGGUGAAACAGCAGGAGGUGGGGCAAAACAUGAUUGAUAGGCUUCAGAAACUGAGCGAACUAAGUGCCCUUUCUCCAAAAGGAGAGGACGAGGAAGCAGUUGCUAAGGAACAUAAACGGGCCCAGUACCGAUCCGUUUUGCUGUUAAAGGCCCUGCAGGUGGUACUCAGUACCUGGGAGGUGGAAAGAGCUCAGAGAGCAGUCAGAGCGGAUGAAGAUGGCCCAUCAGUGCCCAGUCAGUGUCGGCUUCAGAGCUUGUCCGUGUCCUUGAGGAAGUUCUUUCUUGAGCCGUCUAAAGUCAACAUCAACAACUGUGAGGGAGAGUGUGGAUUCCCCCUGAGCAGCGGCAACAAUCACGCCAUCCUCCUGAACAGCCAUAUUCAGAGCGGCCAUCCCGUCAAUCGCUCUCUCUGCUGCGUACCGGUGGAAUUUGAUGACCUGUGUGUGAUCGAGCUCGAGAGCGAGGGCACUAACAUCUCCUUCAAGACCAAUGUGGUAGCGACCAAGUGUGAAUGUCGCUGACGUCCUCCUUUUGCCCUUUGAAAUGCACUUAUGCAUGCAUAUAUAGCAACAUGAAUAAAACCUCAUACAUCUGCAUUUAUUUUUGCUUGUUAUUACACAAAGCUCUAGGUUUUCUCAAACUGACCUAGUACAUUAUGCAAACAUGCAACUUAAAAUGUCAUUUAAGUGUAAAUUAGGUAUAAUUAGGGGGACAUUUUGCAUAGUCAGUGAUAUAAACGAUAUUUUAGUCGACUUUAGCUGUAUGAAAUAAUGAGCUGUCCUGCUAACAUAGAUUUGCAUCAUUGCUGAGAGCAUUAAAAUAUUUGGCUGUUUUAGAAUAAAGUUAAUAUUCAAAAA